CGUUGUUCGAACUCGACAUAAGGUUGAUAGUUUGUACAGCUGGUUAACAACCCAACAACUAAACAUAUUAUUAUACUCAAUUUAUACCAUUAAUAGAGAAAUAUGUCCAGGUUUGACAGUGAAGCCAUAUGGAGGGAUCUACGUCAGCGGGGAUACUGUGUAAUACCAAAUGUGAUUCCGGCUAAAAAGUGUGAUGAACUUAGUCAAGAGCUAAAAUCUUGGGCUCUGGCUCAAGAUAAUGGGGAACUUUUUAAACAGCCACACUCCCUGAUCAAUGUUCCGCGCAUAGGUCAUCUAGAAUCUGCGUGGAAAGCCAGAUUGCUGGCCAAGGAUGCUUUUGCAGCAGUUUGGGGAACAGACAAGUUGGUUUCUAGCUUUGAUAAAUUAUCAAUAUGUCCGCCUCCAGAAAUCAGCACUGGUGAUUUCGACACUGGCUUCUCGUGGCUACAUGUAGACAGAAGCGGAUAUAGACGCGGUCUUCACGCAUUUCAAGGUGGGAUUUACUUAGAGGAAACAACAGAAACUGACGGUUGUCUGCGAGUUAUGGAAGGUUCCAGCAAAUAUACCGAUGAAUUUUUUUCUACGCAUCCCGAGGCUACCAAAAAUAGCCACGACAAAGAUCACUAUAAACUGUCUGAGGAUGAGAUCGCGUGGUAUAGCUCAAAGGGAUGUUUCAAAAAGUUAGUUCCAGCGUCAAAGGGGUCAGUAGUAUUGUGGGAUACACGAACAGUGCACGAUAACGUCAAAGCAAAGAAGGGGAGACCACACGCUGACAGAUGGCGCUACGUCGUGUUUGCGUGCAUGCUUCCAGCAAUCUGGGCUAGCGAUGCAGAUUUAGAAUUCAAGCGUAAAGCUUUCGAAAAUAUGUCGCUGACAUGCCAUAUGCCAUGUGUAAAAGUUCGAGCCCACUUGUUCAGUGAAGACAUUCCAGAAAGUCUUAACGCCGUUCAGAAGAUGCCCGAUAUUACUAAGACACCGGAAGUUCUAAGGUUGGUUGGUAUUGAAAAAUAUGACUUUAAUGACGGUAGACCGAAUGGUCCUGAGGACAAACCGAAAUGGACUUCAGAUAAUAUUAAAUUUUACGAUAAUUAGAUAUCUACCAAUUUAAUUAAUCUGACCGUGAAAACU